AUGAGCGAAAAAAACCGGGAAUUUCGUCCUGAGCAUCGCCCGCGCCUGCGGCCCGCGCCGGAGCGCCCCGCCCCGGGAUUUUGGGGUCCCCUGACCCCUUUUUUGCCCCCAGCCCCCAAGGAGCAGCAGAAGGCCGAGGCCACUGAACCCCUGAAAUCGGCCAAGCCCGGGCAGGAGGAGGAGGGGACCCCGAAAUCCAAGGGGCCAGGAGGGGCUGGGGGCGAUGGAAAAGGGAAGGAGAAGAAGCCCCCCCUGCUGGAGGCGCCCCCCCUGCGGCUGAAGCCGCGCAGCGUCCACGAGCUCUCGGUGGAGCAGCAGCUCUACUACAAGGAGAUCACCGAGGCCUGCGUGGGGUCCUGCGAGGCCAAACGGGCUGAAGCUCUCCAGAGCAUCGCCACUGACCCUGGGCUGUACCAGAUGCUGCCACGCUUCAGCACCUUCAUCUCCGAGGGGGUGCGGGUGAACGUGGUUCAGAACAACCUGGCGCUGCUCAUUUACCUGAUGAGGAUGGUGAAGGCUCUGAUGGACAACCCCACCCUGUACCUGGAGAAAUACCUGCACGAGCUGAUCCCCGCUGUCAUGACGUGCAUCGUCAGCCGCCAGCUCUGCCUGCGCCCCGACGUCGACAACCACUGGGCCCUGCGCGACUUCGCCGCGCGCCUGGUGGCGCAGGUGUGCAAGAACUUCAGCACCACCACCAACAACAUCCAGAGCAGGAUCACCAAGACCUUCACCAGGAGCUGGGUCGAUGACAAGACGCCCUGGACGACGCGGUACGGCUCCAUCGCGGGGCUGGCCGAGCUGGGACACGACGUGAUCAAGACCCUGAUCCUGCCGCGGCUCCCGGCCGAGGGCGAGCGCGUGCGGAACAUUCUGGAAGGGCCGGUGGUGAGCACCAUCGACCGCAUCGGGGCCGACCACGUGCAGAGCCUGCUGCUGAAGCACUGUGCCCCCGUGCUGGCCAAGGCCCGCGCGCCCCCCGACAGCCCCGAGGCGUUCCGGGCGGAUUUCGGGUACCUGGGGGCGCUGCUGUGCUCGCACGUGGUGAAGGCGCGGGCGCAGGCGGCGCUGCAGGCGCAGCAGGUCAACAGGACCACGCUGACCAUCACCCAGCCCCGCCCCACGCUGACGCUGUCCCAGGCCCCGCCGGCUCCGGGCGCCCCCCCGCGCCCCCCCAGCAUCAUCAAGGUCCCCAGCGCCAUCGCCCUGCCCGUCCCUGUCCCCGUCCCCGUCCCCUCCCUGCCCUCGGGCCGCCCCGGGACCCCCACGCAGCCGUCACCGCCCCAGUUCAUCGUCAUGUCCUCGGCCAGCAGCGCCGGGCAGCAGGUGAUCACCCUGAGCACCUCCCCCGCCCCCAGCGCCACCUCCCCUGUCACCAGCACGGUCCCCAGUGUCCCCAGCGCCGUGCAGCCGCUGGUCAAGCUGGUGCCAGCGCCCGGGGCCACCAGCGCCGCCCCCGGGGCCACCAGCGUCCCCGCCGGCGUCCCCAGCGCCGUGCAGAAAUACAUCGUGGUGUCCCUGCCCCCCGCCGGGGACAGCAAGGGUGGCACUGCCAGCGCCACCGCCCCUGUCCCCAGCGCCGCCCCCCAGCUGUCCCCGAGCGCCAGCGGCGCCUCGCCCAAGGGGGAGGCGGGGGACAGUCCCCAGGGGGGCGUGGCUGCCACCGGCGCUGCCACCAGCGCCACCAGUGCCACCAGUGCCACCAGUGCCGCCUUCAAAGCCAACGGGGCGCAGGAGGGGGGGCAGUGACAGCGGGGACAGCACAGUGCCACCAGGGUGUCACCAAGGUGUCCCUAAAGUGUCCCCAAGGUGUCACCAAAGUGUACAUAAAGUGUUCCUGAAGUGUCACCAGAGUGUCCUUGGAGUGUCCCCAAGGUGUCACCACAGUGUCCCCAAGGUGUCCCUGGAUGCCUCUGUAGGGACAAGGGGGUCUGGGUGUCCCCAGAGUGUCAUGAGAGUGUCACCGAAGUGUCACCAAGGUGUUCCUAAAGUGUCACCAAACUGUACAUAAAGUGUUCCUAAAGUGUC